CAAGUUAGACAUUAUGAUGUUCUGGACCUUUGCUGACUGGACCUCUGAAUUUUAGCUGAAUACCCCUGGCUUAGAAGAAGAGGGACAUGAGUCUAGAACUUCUAAUGACCCAACAUCAGUCAGUGGAGAAAAAAUAAGAAAAGAAAGCAAAGCUAAAUGAAACUAUUUCAGUGUUUUAAUAAGCCUGUUGCUUGUCCUGUGAAUACUGCCGCUUUAGGGAACACUACAGCUGGAGCUAAGGUUAACGUUUAGGAAAGGGAGCCUGAUGAAGAGGAAACAUCAGCUCUACCUGAUGAAGAGGAAACAUCAGCUCUACCUGAUGAAGAGGAAACAUCAACUCUACCUGAUGGAGAGGAAACAUCAGCUCUACCUGAUGGAGAGGAAACAUCAACUCUACCUGAUGGAGAGGAAACAUCAGCUCUACCUGAUGGCAGGAGGAGGAGCUGCUGACGCUAUAAUGUCUAUAAGUAUCUAAUUGGUAGUUUGAAAUAAAGGAGCUGCUGCUGUGUGUGUGUGUGUGUGUGUGUGCGUGCGUGCGUGCGUGUGGACGUGUGAGUGCACGCGCACAUAUAUGAGAACCUGACCUGGCUUUGGUUUAUGAGGUUGGAGUAUACCCACUAGAAAAACUAGACUACGCCACUGGUUAUUACGGAAGCCCUAAGCGGACAUGGCAGAUUUAUUUUUUUGCCACCCGUUUUCUCGAGAUCACAAGAUAUUUUUUCGUGAUCUCGAGAAAACAAAGUCUGUUUUCUCGAGAUCGCGAGAUAUUUUUUUUUCGUGAUCUCGAGAAAACAAAGUCUGUUUUCUCGAGAUCACGAAUUAAUUUUGCAGUGGACGUUGAGCUGACCUCUGCGUGGCGUGUGGGUGUAUGCACAGGCUCUGGCAGAUGGACACAUCUGGGUGAUCCCGACUACCUGUGACAGCUGAGGCUCAGAUGCUUGACCAAGUCUCCUGCCAAGCUUCAUUCAGUCUACAGAAGUCAUUCUGGGUUCCACAGAUUCUGGGAUUUUCUUUCCUUCUGGGGUGCCUUUGAAAGCAGAGACUCACUACACAAUGUCGGAGGAGCAGGAGAUUGUUGAUCAGUGCAUCACAAAUCUUUUCAACCAGGGACUGACACAGGCUGAAAUAGCUAUGUGCCUUGCUGUUCGGCACAAUAUACAUAUCAGUGUGCGUCACCUUAGAAGACUGUUUGCAAGGCUUCGACUUUAUCGGCGGCGUGGUCUAACUGAGCCUGAUGUCAUGGUUAACUACAUUGCUGAGCAGCUAAGAGGUCCUGGACGUCUCCAUGGUUAUCGGAUGAUGAGUGAGAGAUGUAGAUCUGCAGGAUUGCGGGUUACCAGAAACCAAGUGUAUGAAGUGCUAUGUUUUUUGGACCCAGACGGUUUACAGCAGAGAAGAGGGAGGAGACUCAGAAGAAGGCACUACAGUGUCCCAGGACCAAAUUUCAUUUGGCACAUGGACUCUUAUGAUAAACUCACACCAUUUGGAAUCGGAGUUAAUGGAUGCAUUGAUGGCUUCUCCCGGCGUAUCAUCUGGAUGCACGCAAACUUCACGAACAGUAAACCAGAAGUUAUUGCAGCGUAUUUCAUUGAUGCUGUUACUGAGCUUGGUGGUUGUCCAAAAAUCAUCCGAUCUGAUUUUGGUACAGAGAAUGUGCAUGUCAACCGAUUGCAGUGUUUUUUGCGUGAAGAUGAAAAUGGCACUGUUCAUGGACCCUGUGUACUUCAAGGAAGAAGUACGAGCAACCAAAGAAUCGAAAGUUGGUGGGGCCAAUAUCGAAGACAAAAUGCAGACUACUGGAGAGACGUGUUCCAGGAGUUCCAGUCAGUUGGUGACUUCACUGGAGAUAUGAUUGACAAGGGUCUCAUACAGUUUUGCUUUCUUAACAUCAUACAGAAGGAGAUAGACACUGUGAGGAGAAUGCGGAACACUCAUCGGAUCCGGCCUAGUGGCAAUGGACGGGACCUGUAUCCUGGAAGACCUUUUCUGAUGUAUGACACUCCAGAACUUUACCAAGCACGGGACUACCUCCAGCCAGUGGACUAUGACAAGCUUGACAUUAUCCUAGAAGAAGAGAUUUGCCUUUGGAAAACUGACAUUGUCUGUGACCCAGACCUUCACGAGCUAUGUUUGUUGUUAAUGGGAGAACAUCAUCUUGAGGCCAGCCAUAAUGCUGCUGGGGCAACCAGACUGUACAGACAGCUGAGGCCCUUGAUAAGAGCACACCUGUCAGAAUCAGAGUAAUCCUCACCAUGCCAAAUUGUUGUCUCACAACAGUCACGACAGUAAUGAAGUCUUGCUGUUUAGAGUGCAGUCACUGUUUUUUACCUGCCGUUUUGAUUGUUUCUUUUCAUAGUGUUACCUCAGCACAAACUAUACUAUGGAUGAAAAAAAAAAAUCUGCAUGUCAACAUGACACGUCUCAUGCCUUGUCGUGUCCUGUUUAUGCUCCCUGAAACAUUUCUGUGUCUGCCAUUUUACAGUCCUCCUCUGGACCAAUUUGUUUUUGUAUUUGUUGAUAAAUGUUUAAUGUGUAAUUUUGCCUGUCAGUCAUAGAUUUGGGUCCUGUUAAGUUACUUAAGCAUGACGGUGUGUGUGUGUCUGACAUAACCUCAUAAAUCCAAAUGUGCAUAAAAAGGCUGACAAAUUCUUAAUG